UUCAUGAUCGCACCAGUUUCUUGUUCAUUUAAUAAUGAAGAUUCUCCUAGCGCAUAAGAUUUGUGUUUAGUAACCAUUCAACUUCAUGAAUCAAGUCGCAAAUCUGACAACACAAGUAAUACAAUGCUAUAACUUUUUUCAGAAUCUUGAUUUAAUAUUCCAAUAUUCAUAGCCCAUAAUGAAAGAAACAACAAAUACGUCAAUUUUUAUCAUAGUUACUCUCUAUUAGACUAUGGAGUUAUCUUCAAAGUUUACCAUUACUAACAUACACAUUAGUGCGUCUCUAAAACAAUAAAACACCAAAGAUGGUUUCAUUUAAAAUUGCAUCAAGUUAAACCCUAAUUUUUGCGUCAAGUGCAGUUACACUGGUAGCAAGUUAAUGUCAAUGGUUCUAUUUAUCUGCAUAAUUGACUGUAAAUUCAUGUUUUCACGUCAAAAGUUGAUAGGAUGGCACUUGAUUCACAAUUUGAUUUUAUACAAUUGUAUUGGAUUUGCCAUCAAACUAAUUUUUCUGAUUUACUUUUCUCUAACCAGAAACCAGAAAAUUGCAUUUGGAAGGCAAUGUACGAUUUCUUUCGAUUUUCAAGUCAAAGUCGAUUUGAAACUUAUUUCUUAUUAAAAAUGGCUGACGAAUAUGAACGAUAUUUUUUCGAGCUAUCGAACAGACCUCUUGCAAGUAAAGUUUUUUCCCUUAUUCCUUGUUUUAUCUGUUAGACACUCUUCUUCCAAUUUUCAAAGACAAUUAAGAUUUUAUUCAAGAUAUAACAAUUGUAAUAUGCAGAGUCAAAACAGUAAACAAUGCAAACAAAGCCUUUCACGUCACUAAUCAUGAAAUAAACCACCUCGGAACAUAAUCAACUCUCUAAAGGUGACUUUAAUAAAAAAGAUGAACAUAAAAGCUCGAAUUAACACAACAUUGCUCUCAUAUGUUUUAAUUGUACCAAAAUGUUGACUUGAUUCAGUUGUGACUCUUUAACUAACAAUUUAAAUCACUUUGUUUAAAUUCGUUACUGUUUUCCAUAAUAAUUGUUAAUCCUUUUACUGGUUCUUUUUGUUUUACUCUGUACUGAUGAACAACAUGGCAAGUAAACCAGAUCUCGAGAUGAAAACCAACUCGGUAUUGCCAACAAUCAUGGAAUCCAAAGCUAACGAUAAUUUCCCGAAACCUUGCAUUCCGACUAGGUUUUACAUUGCCUUUAUGACUGCAUUAACAGCAUUUGUUAUGUUUGCGGUUCGUAAUUGUUUGAGUGUUGCGAUAGUUUCAAUGACUGAAGAUAAAUCCAAUUUGAACAAAUCAACUUCAUAUUUAGUGGUUGACAGCAACAAUUCAAUUACAAUCAAACCAGUGCAUGAAAAGUUUGCUUGGACCGCAAGUCAAGAAGGUGUUAUUCUUGGUUCCUAUUUCUAUGGAUAUGCUGCAUUUCAAAUAAUCACUGGAGUUAUAUCAGAUAAAUUCAAUGUUGUCUAUUUGUGUAUCAUCUGUAACAUUAUCUCAGCCAUAUUAUCGGCCUUAACCCCAAUCGCUGCUCAUGCUGGUGUUGCCUGCAUAUCGAUUGUCCGAAUACUCUUAGGUAUAAGCCAAGCUCCUACCAUUUCUUUGUUAUUGGUUUUGGCAAGUAAAUGGUUUCCACCUGAUGAAGUAGUCUUGCCGAUAAGUUUGCUCAAUUUUGGUGCUAACAUAGGCACUGCUGCUGUUAUGCCAUACACUGCUUGGCUUUGCAAUCAAGAUUUAUUGGGAGGAUGGCCUCUCGUCUUUUACUCAUUGGGUGCCAUUAACUUAAUCAUUCCAUUUUUGUGGCUUACAACGAUCACUGUAACGCCAAAUAAUCAUCCAUUCAUAUCUAAAUACGAGAUUGAUUACAUCAAUAAAGCCAAUUCAAAUGUUGGAAAUGUCAAGAUGUCAGUACCUUGGUUAUCUAUAUUCAGCUCAGUUCCAAUUUGGUCAAUUAUUACUGCCAAAGGAUGCUUAUCUAUGGGUGUCAUGAUUUUCAACACCAAAAUUCCCGCUUAUCUCGAAUCUGAACUUGGCAUGGACCUGACUAGUAAUGGUUCUUUCAAUUCGCUGCUAUACAUUGCUAUUGCGAUCUCAAAUUUAUCGGCUGCCCCCAUGUUUAAAUUUUUGAUCAACAAAGGUUACGUUUCUCGAACAUUGGGCAGGAAACUCGCCGAAUCCAUAACUUUAUUCUUACCUGCAAUUGCUCUCGUGACAAUACCAUUCAUCAAAGAGAAUACAACUCUGAUUCUGUGUUUGUUAGUUAUUUCAUUAUUCUUCAUGGGAUUUCAAGCAGCAGGCGACUGGCCAAUUGUAUCUGAAGUGGCACCUGAUCUAGCUGGAAGUGUUUUCGGUAUUACUAAUACAACUGCUGCUGCUGGGGGUUUCAUAUCACCUCUGAUAAUUGGUGAAUUACUUGAUAGUGGGUUAGACCACAGUGAAGCCUGGAGAUAUGUAUUUUUUAUUGGUGCUGGUGUCAUGACUUUCGGUGGUUUAAUUUUUAUCAUAUUUGCUAAAGCUGAACCAGUACCAUGGGGUGUCGCUCCUUCACGAUCAAUUGAUAGUCUGGAUAACAAUCUGGAGGGUAAGAGAAGGACGAGGCCACAUAAGAUUCGUGUUCAUCCUGUUUUCACUCGACAAGCUUCGAUAAAUUAAUCUUUAUCGAUGUCACACUUGAACAUAUCGAUGACAUUAUGAAGCUGAGCUUCUUCAUAAUAAAACUUAAAAAUAAAUUGUUUGUACCAAAAUUACACAUAAACUUGCAUUAAUAAGCGA